CGCACCUCCUCCUCCUUAUUUCCGUGAUCUGACAGAUUCGCGUGUGAUCAGACCGGGGACGGAGGAGAAACAGCAGCAGCAGCAGCUGGAUCAGGAUCAGGGCGCACAGACCUCACACACCCGACCAUCCCCACCAUCCCGACCCGCAGGGCUCCAGGCUUCCCAGGGCUGCGAUGCCGGCCGGCGGGCUGCGGGCUGAGGGACCGACAUGGUGAUGAGGGGGCCCCGUGCAGCGGACUAAGAUGACACCGGGACCCGGUGUUCGGCACGUGGCUCGGAUCCAGACUAACCCGGGAUAAUACAAAAAAAAGUGAAAGUCAAAGAGACUAUAGUAGAGGGAGCGCGGAGUUCCCGUCUGCACCCGGACGGGCCGGGAGGGAGUGUCCGGGAGCGGAGCGCGCUGCGCCGGGGGACCGGAGCGCGCAGCCCCGGGCGCACGGAGUGGAGUCCCGGGGGGCGGAGAACAGACUCCCGGGACCAGAGAACAAGACUCCCGGGGAGCAGAAAAGCGUAGCCCCGGGACCAGGGGAACAGAGUCCCGGGAGCAGAGAGAGGACAGAGCCCCGGGACCAGCGCGCGGAGUCCCGGCACCAGCGCGCCGGAGCGCCGGGAGGAAGAGGCGCGCAGAGCCGCGCACAGGAGAGGAGAGGUCUGCAGAGAUGCUCCCUCCUCGGCUCCCGGUCCUGUCAGCGCUGCUCCUCCUGCUGGCGGCCGUGGUCCGCUGCGCCGCCGCGCCCCGGCUCAGGGGCUCCGGGGUCCGGGCCGGGGGCUCGGCCGAGGGCCCCAGCCUGAUGGAGAUGGUCGGCCGGCACCAACGGAUGCUGGCGGGGCCCAGCGGACGCGGGACGAAGACUGGGGAGGCCAGGUCGCACCACGGAUCGGAGGGUCACCCCAGAGAUCCACAACACAAGGCAAAGUUCAUCAUGCACCUGACAGGUCCUCUCUACUUCAACCCGAAGUGCCGGAAGCAGUUCCACAGACUGUACCACAGCAGCCGGGACUGCACGGACCCGACCUAUUAUAAAAGAUGUGCUCGUCUGCUGACUCAACUGGCCAGGAGCCCUCGUUGUGUGGAGAGAUAGACGCACCCCGGUAAAGACGACUCUGGACAGGAAGUUGUGUUUGGAACCCAGCGAUGACCGUCCUGUCGGAGGAGCAGCAGAAUCUCUCCCAGGAUGUGGAGGCUCUCCUCCCAUCAGACUCUUUAUAUCCAACAGCCAACAACUUUCUGAAGACUUGCGGCACAUUUGGAUGUAAUCCUGACUUCUGCUGGACUGAUCUGACAAAGCAAGUGUCUUGAUUUUGCAUUCGCCGACUCAUCUGGCCUGUUUUUUUGGACUCACUUGGACUAACGUAGUCCUGGACCUCCGUCCUUUCCUGUGCUCAGUAGCUCGUCAUGAACAGUUAGUUUGCAUGUGUCCUCUGAGCUGGAAUGGACCCACAUGGACGCUGCAACACCACCGGUGCCCAGCAGGGGUAACUGGACCUCACUGCUCCAGAACCAAACCUGAGAACACGUUUAUACUCGUUGCUAUGUGGACGACAGACCACCGACUUUAUUUCCUGUGCCCCUCAAGUCCACCCUGAGCAGAUGAUGUCAAACAUGCAUUUAAAGGUACAUUAUAAUCGUAUAUAUUCCAGUAUAUUUAUAUUGUUGAAGUGGCCCCCCAGUCUGCAAUAUGUACAUACGGAAGGUAAUAAAGACGCAUAU